AUGAGUCUUAACCCUCUCCACGGAACUCCCUUCACGAUCCCAGAUGAUGAUCCGCAAGGAUGCACUCUCAUCGGGGGAGUUUAUCGCAAUUUCCUUUUCCUCCAUCGUGGACGCCUUCCCCAGCAUGCCUUCGACUACGCGUCGAGGUGGCAUAAAGCCAUUCGCCAAAAGCAAUCCCCCCCGCCUAUCCUGUUCGACCUUGCUGGCUAUGUCAACCAAGGUAUUCCCAUGGUCGUACUGAAGAAUUUGUGUAUCUCUAGCCAAAAAUCGAAAAUGUCAGGCCCGGACGACGUGGUUCUAAUUGGCACCCGAAGGAUCAACCUUCGCAUUAUGUGGCCUGGAUACAGCAAUACCAAUGCGUGGGUUCGUGUCGUAAACGUUCCUUCCUCUGGAUUUACCCGAGCUCAGCUCGGACAGCGAGUCGCUGAAGCGCUCUCCAGCUUUGUUGACACCAUGAGGACCCAGCCAUGCACAUCUUCGAAAUAUACGAUCGCAGGUAUUCGGUUCGACCAAGUUGUUCUUGUUGGUUUGUACCACCUCUUCGACGACAAUUGGCAGCUGGAUAUCGCAAUCGACAGGCUCUAA